GUGGCGCUAAGACACAUGCGUUUGUUUCCCAAACAUCAUUAAACCUCAGAGGAAGAAGUUUAGUUUCACCGCGCUCUCUGUUGUUUUGUCGUGAUGCUGACUUUAUAAAAGCAGUUGAAUGAACAGACAAUGUUGUUUCUGUAAAUAGGAAAAUGCAGUUUUUGAAUCAGGUCAGUAAAUACCUGUAAUAUUCUCAUCCUCACAGUCGUGCCUAAGUUUUGAAGCAAGCAGGAAUAUCUGGAGGAGUAUCAUCUGAACUGAGAUCUGCUGCUGUGAAGAUGGUGUUUGUUAAAGAGGAGAGUGAGGAGAACACGAGUGAACCAGAAACCUGGAGAAUAAAACAUGAGGAACCAGAAACCUGGAGAAUAAAACACGAGGAACAAGAAACCUGGAGAAUAAAACACGAGGAACCAGAAACCUGGAGAAUAAAACACGAGGAACAAGAAACCUGGAGAAUAAAACACGAGGAACAAGGAGGCCUGAUGAAAGUGAAAGAGGAAAGUCGAGAUCUGAAUGAAGUGGAGGAGAAACAUCAGGAUCAGAAAGAUCAUGAUGUCGAUGGAGAAAAGUCACUGAGUUGCAGCAUUCAAAUAACAGACGUCAAAAAGCCUUUCAGCUGCUCCCAGUGUGGAAAAACUUUCAAACAGAAAGGAAGCCUUAUGAAACACAUGAGAAGUCAUACUGGGGAAAAGCCUUUCAGCUGCUCUCAGUGCGGAAACACUUUCACGUGUAAGGAAAACCUUAAGGAUCACAUGUUAAUUCAUGCUGGAAUAAAGCCUUUUACCUGCUCUCACUGUGGAAAGAGUUUUACACAGAAAGUUCACCUUAAGAAUCAUUUGGUAAGUCACUCUUCAGUAAAGCCUUUCAGCUGCUCUCAGUGUGGAAACACUUUCACUCGUAAAACACACCUUAAGAAGCACAUGUUAAUUCAUGCUGGAAUAAAGCCUUUCAGCUGCUCUCAGUGCGGAAAGGGUUUCACACAGAAAGGACACCUUAAUGAUCAUCUGGUAACUCACUCUUCAGAAAAACCUGUCAGCUGCUCUCAGUGUGGAAAGUCUUUCACACGUAAGAGAUACCUUAACACUCACAUGUUAAUUCAUACUGGAAAAAAGCCUUUUACCUGCUCUCAGUGUGGAAAGAGUUUCAUAUGUAAAGGAAUCCUGAGGAAUCACAUGUUAAUUCACACUGGAGUAAAGUCUUUCAGCUGCUGUGAGUGUGGAAAGAGUUUUACUCAGAAGGGACACCUUAAGAAACAUUUGUUAACUCACUCUUCAGAAAAGUCUUUUACUUGCUCUCAGUGUGGAUAGUCUUUCACAUGUACAAGAUACCGUAACACUCACAUGUUAAUUCAUACUGGAAUAAAGCCUUUUACCUGCUCUCAGUGUGGAAAGAGUUUCAUAUGUAAAGGAAACCUGAACAAGCAUAUGUUAAGUCAUGCUGGGCAAAAGUAGAGUUGCCAAUCUUUCUGUAUAAUACAGAAUCGUCCCAUAUUUAAGGUAUCAAAGAAGCAUUCCGUAUGUAAGCCAUGUGGAACAUAGUUAGUCCCGUGUUAUUUUUUCCCUCUCUCUGAUGGAUGUCAUUUUGUGACAAUUUUCUGUUCACUAUAUAUGUAAAAAUAGACAUGCAAAUUGAAAUUUUCUGUUUACAUGCAACACUACUACACAAAUAAAUGUACUGUAUAAAUUCAGUUGUGCAUAUUCUUUUUCUGUGUACUUUUACCUACCAUUG